AUGAACUUCCUUGCCCGCUCCGUCCGCGCCGUCCGCCCCGUGCGCAUGGUCCGCUCCUACGCCACUGAGGCCGCCACCGCCGGUCUCCGUCUGACCUUCGCCGUCCCCCACCAGACCAUCUUCAAGAAUGUCUCGGUCACCCAGGUCAACAUUGCCGCCGUCUCCGGAGAUAUGGGUAUCCUCGCCUCCCACGUUGCCUCCAUCGAGCAGCUCCGCCCCGGUGUCAUCGAGGUCAUCGAGGCCACCACCACCAAGAAGUUCUUCGUCUCGGGAGGUUUCGCUACCAUGAACCCUGACUCAACCCUCAACAUCAACGCCGUCGAGGCCUUCCCCGUCGAGGAGUUCAGCGUCGAGGCCGUCCGCCACAACUUGGCCGAGGCUCAGCGUCUUUCCAACUCGGCCGCCACCGAGGAGGAGAAGCUUGCUGCCAAGAUCGAGGUCGAGGUCCUCGAGUCCCUUCAGGCCGCCAUCCUUGCCAAGUAA